ACAGUCCCUCCGUACUGGUCUCCACUGGGUGAUCGUAGUCACUUUAUUUGGAAAGCUUGCAUUACCACCGACGAGUGUGAGCGUCUGAAAGAGCAUUCCGGGCAGUUUUGUCAGCGGGAAUGGUACAUGGACUGGCAGUGUGUGGAAUGCUGCCAAGGUGAACUUUGCAAUUACUACGUUACGGCUGCUUUUGAUUCCAUCGAUCGUCAGAAACGUU